CAUUGCCCGUUCGACUUUCUUUUCCCGUGAGGGAUAGGUCUUUUAGUUAUUUGUCGUUAUUUCCCGGGAGUCGAUAUCACUCUUUUUUGUUUUUGCGUUCUUCCUUCUGCAAGUUACAGUUUGCCACCAUGAGCAAAUUAAGCAACCCUGUCAGCCUGUUGGCGGCAAUCCUCGUGCGAGUCCCCCUCGUUCUCAAGACCAUUCUCCUACAUGCCAUUCGUCUCUCGCCAGUCACGGGAAAACAAGACUUGCGCACUGAGUUGACCGUCGCCAUCAUUCGCUCAUUCCUCGUUUUUACCUCGCCUGUUGGCAAGCAGCAAAGAGACAGCAUGCGCGACCCCGGUAUCAAGGGUCCCAUGUGGGUGUCCAAAGUGACCUUUCCCAAACCAGAAGCGGAUGUCCAGGACGCAGUCGUCAAGGCCAUCGAGGCCCUGAAGACAGGAGAUGAGACAUAUACUAUCCCUGGAGUAAUUCCGCUUGAGGCAGAGUGGACGGGAUAUCGCAGUGGUGUGCACAAGAACGCGCCGCAGCCGGAUAUUUCGGAAGAAGCCAUAUAUGAGGAGUUGAAGAAGGAAUCAAAGGAGGAUAUGGUGAUUCUGUAUCUCCAUGGAGGAGCUUACUUCCUUUGCGACCCAUGCACCCAUCGCCCGCUCGUCGCUCAGCUGUCGAAACGAACCAGUGCCCGUGUUCUAUCGGUGCGCUACCGUCUUGCACCUCAGAACCCGUUCCCUGCUGCUCUUGUCGAUGCCCUUACUGCAUACCUAUCGCUCGUCUCUCCGCCUCCGGGCUCUCUCCACGAGUCCGUCGCGCCGAACAAGAUCAUUGUCUCCGGUGAUUCAGCCGGAGGUAACCUUUGUCUUGUUUUGCUCCAAACGCUCCUCACACUCCGUCGCGUCUGCCCUACCGUCCGCUUUCAUGGACGUGAUGUCCCUAUCGAACUUCCUGCCGGCCUAGCGAUCAGUUCCCCCUGGUGCGACAUCACUCGCUCUAUGCCCUCCGUCCACCACAACUCGGUCUACGACUUCCUGAGUCCCCCCACCCAGGAUCCCGAAACAGCCUACCGCCCACUCGCUGUGCCUGAGGACGAUGUCUGGCCCGUCAAGCCACCUCGUGUCGACCUCUACGCCAACGCCAGCGCCCUUUUGCACCCGCUCGUCAGCCCGCUGGCGGGCCGCGAUGAAAUCUGGAAAGGCGCGCCUCCGGUGUUCAUCGCCAUGGGAGAAGAAGGUCUCACGGAUGAGGGACUCGUUGUCGCCCGCAAGAUGCACCGGGUUGGCGUCCCUGUCGUUGUUGAGCAAUUCGAAGGCAUGCCGCAUUGCUUUGGACAGGUUAUGAUGGGGACGCCUACGUCUCGUCGCUUCUUGGACGGCACGGCGCAGUUUUGUCGUGAUGUCGUGGCUGGCAAGAUUACUGCGGAUACCCCUACUCCGGCGAAGAUUACCUUCAUUGGGUACAAGUUACAGUCGAUUCGUGAGAUACCGCUUGAGAGCGCCGUUCCUUUGACAGAUGAAGAAGUGGAUACAAUUCUGGAGAGGGGUAAGCAUUGGCGGUUGGAGGGAGAGAAACUACUGGAACAGGAGUGGUUAGAGAAGGCGAAGCUCUAAUUUUUAUUUUUGAAUGGAGAUAUGCUAUAAAAUUGGCGUUUGGGCUUGAUUUGCUAUACCCUGCUCGUUUAUAGACUUGCUUUAUGUAUAUGCUUGCUAGACAGAUGUACAUGCAUACGAUAGCUACAUAGAUAUACUUUCAUCAGCACCGUAUCGAC